UAGAACAGCGGAACGGAACACAUUCCAAGACGGACGAUAGAGACCCGAGAUAGCUGCUCUACUUUCAUGACUUUGUAAACUUUACUUGUAGAAGUAAUUUAAUAAUAAUGGAACCUGUUUCAAAAUUGAUAAAGGAAUCUCUACCUAACUAUUUAUCAAACCUACCUAUUCCGAAUUCAAUUGGAGGAUGGUUCAGACUUAGCUUCAAAGACUGGGCCUCUCUGGUUCCAUUCUUUGCAGCAGUUGGUGGAAUAUCAUACGCUACCUAUAGACUUUAUCGGCCAAAAUCUCCCGUAAAUCCAGAAUUCAAGAAGACUGAGGCCAAGGUCGUAGACUGUGUGAACAUUGAAGAUCUCGGAGAAAAGGCUGUAUUCUGUCGUUGUUGGAGGAGCAAAAAGUUCCCUUACUGUGACGGCAGUCAUGGGAAAUAUAAUAAAGAUCACGGUGACAACGUGGGACCCUUAGUUGUCAGCAAACCCGCAUCUUAGGAUUAACAGUUCAACUCAGAAUGUAGAUCAAUAAGAUAGGACAUUGAAAUUGGCUUAAUUUUCAAAGUAGAAACAUUAAUUAUGGAGGUAAUAAAGUAAAAGAGCGAUAAUGAUAUAAUCAGUAAUAGAAAACAUUAUAUAAAUAAAAAGUGCAAUCAAUAUCUUAAAUAUAAUGUGAUAUUCUUGUGAACAAAACAAUAAAAAUCUAGAAUCAUGGUGAAAAUACUGUUGAAAACUAAAUAAUUAUGAUGAACAAUAUUCGUACAUUAGUGUAUUUUUAAUCGAUUAUUUUAAGUUUAAUUUAAAUGAUAAUUAGAAACGGAACAUAAAAAUAAAUAUCUAAGGUGAUUAAUUUUGCCACUUUGUUUUUAUUACCGAUACUGUUUUAAUGUAGUAGUAAUUUUUCAUCACUCAUAUUUUAAUGUUUUUCUCUUUCUUGCCAAGUUGUUAAUUCACUCAACAAUAUUCACUGUGAUCGGAUUGUUAUGUAAAUUACUAAUAUGAUAUUAAUGCUUUGUGGUACUGUGCUAUCUUGAAUUUAGUUCUGUAAGCAAGAAGGUGGCUGGCUCAUAUUAUGUAUUUGGUUAUAAACUUAUUGUUUACAAUAAAGAAAUAAAACAAAA